AUGUCAGGACAAGUGUUAGAACGCAAGACACCAUCGCCAAAUGUCUCGAGCACACAGAGGCUCUCUGCAAUGAUCGAUUCCCUUCACAAUAUACAAUCUAAUGAGGACCUGCUACGGCUUUCAAAUCAACAGCCAAAGAGUGAGGAGUCCCUCAAGGCACCAAAUAGAAAUUCUCUUGUACCACCUUCAGUGUCCUCUUUUUCUCCUUAUCAAGGGUCAAGUUCAGUGUCAGAUUACUCAGGAGUUAUUAGUCAAGCAAUGGAAGUAGUACGAGUAAAUAAUAACGAAGUUAAUUCAGUUCAACCAUUGAACGCACAUGCAACAAUAUCUAAUUUGGCACUAAGUCACAAUGAUAUUGAGAAUAUAGAUGUAUCGUCAUCUAGUGAUAGUGACGGAGACAAGAAACCUUUAUUACCAAAUCUCCCAACUGAAGAAGACUUAAGAAAGACAAGCUACGCCUCUAGAUUACCAACUUUUAUUUCUGAGAGAAGCGAAACUCCAGUAGCUACAAUUACAGAUUCUCCUGGUAAGAGUACUAUGACUUCAAAGGGUUCAGGGUAUAACAAAAGUAUACCUUCACAUCUCAACUUAGAGAAGGAAGAAAAUUAUAUGACGUCUGACUUCAUCUCGGAUAAUGAUGACGAUGACGAUGUAGAGAGGACAGAAAGAGAACUGAUGUCACUAAAUAUUCGUGAUCCGAACCAUUCCCAUUAUAAAGAAUCUAGUAUAAACGAUAUUGACAAUACUGAUAUAAUAGAUGUUAGUGAUCACAGUUCAAUUGCUUCAAGUAUAGGAGAAUCAUUGAAUGGAGAUGAUGUCACGCCAGAGAGUAAAAUAUCAGUAGAACAAAACGGCGUGAAUGUGUCUCCUGUCGUUCCACCAAGAAGCAAGGAUAGACCAAGAGCCAAUAGGAUACCAACAGAAAAAAGGGUUAUUGAGGCUAAACAGGAGGAAGCAUUAAGAGUACAAAAACCUCAUCCACAGAGUCACAAAUCUCUAACGUCAUUUCAAAGUACUACAAAUAAUUCAGAGAGUUAUUAUUCCGCAGCAAGUUUCUUACCAGAAGAAGACAAUCUGAAAAUGGAUGACUUUUCAAUCCAUGAUCCACAACAAUUUACUACAAUGAAUAAAUCAGGAACUAUGGUUAAACCACCGAACCAUUUCUCAAACGAAGAAAUUUUCGGAGAUACCCCAUCAAAAAUACAUACUGUCGAUCUUGAUAAUAUAUAUGAGGAUAUCCAUCCUGCAACAUUACCUCCAAAGAAGGUGACAUCCAAUGUUAUUCAAAUAUCAACAAAACCUCAAACUAAAUCAAGUUCCAAAAAGGACCAUAAAAAGAAUAAAAAGAAAACAAAGGAAUUACGAGACUUCAAUGUCGAAACUAUUAACGAAUUAUUAAACGUUACAAAGGGUACUUUAAUCGGUUCAGAAUUUUCAAACCUUGGUAUGAAGAUGGAAGAAAAAAGAUUAUUGGAAAGAUUAGUUGAUUCAUUAUCAAGAUUGACAGCUGAUAUGGUACUUGAACCAAAUCGCUACGAUGAAGGUUUAAGAAGGAUAAACAAGGCUACUAGAGCCCUUGAAGGUUUCGUUGAAAAAUGA